AUGAAGAAGAAGAAGAAGAAGAAGAAGAAGAAGAAGAAGAAGAAGAAGAAGAAGAAGAAGAAGAAGAAGAAGAAGAAGCGAUCGAUUCUUCUUCUGCCCUCUAGUACUGCCGGUCCCGUAUUACAGGUGGCUGCGGUUUGUUUACUUCAGGUGGGGCUACAUAACCACAUCUGACCGCCUUUGCCAUUUUAUACGACGCUGGUUUCACCAUGGUGCAUAGGGUUCAUACCAUUGCGAAACCUUAUAAUUUGCCUCGUGAAGAAGCAGAAAUAUUGAGGAUAUACGUGCCUGGGCUUUUUGGUGAUACGUACGCUUGGUGUGUGGUGAAACGCUCGGCAUAUAUACCAUAAAAACAUUUUAAGAGAAUCCAAUGUUUUAGAUUGAUGUUACUGAAAUAGGUCGUAUUUUUGAGGCCAGUAGCCAGGUAAGCUCCAUUUAUAUUAAACUACCUUGUAUAAGAUUGCUGUGGUCAAGGCAAAGACUUAUUGCCUACAUGGCGCAAGCCUUAACAAGCGGAAUUAAAAUGGGUUAGUUUUUUUAGAAAAAAGUCAAGAUUACCCGAGAGGUACCGUACAAGAAUGACGUCCAAUGAUCUUCUAGCUCACGAACGUCCUGUAUUAUACUACUCCGUUUAAAAACACUUGAGAUGCAUUGGGAUUAAACGGUUUAAUGAAACAAAACCGAAGGCUUUAUUGUGGAAAUUUAAAUAUCUGACGUUUUUAAUACACGUCGACUGCAGGGGGUGUUUCGUACAUCGUUGGUCCCGGUCAUUAGCCAAUCAUUAUCGCAGCAGACGAUUGGAUUUUUGGUUUCCUUAUGCUCUGCGUCUUUUCGUACGUCGUAAGUCAUACAUAAUGUCAAAAUAUGCCUCUCCUCAUCUAGAAUUCGACCAAGCCUCUGCCUUCAAACGCGCACACCUAGCCUAUAUUGAAAAUACGGAACUCGAACGGAAGGAAGUUGACAGAUAUGGUGACUACAUUUAUCACAGAAAGUCUGUACAUCUUUGGUAUGCUUGUAUUUCCACCUCUUACGAUUAUAAUUUGGCCAGUCCGCUGGGCACUGCUUUCGAUUAUCUGACUGGCAAAUAUGAUUGGUAAAGUUUGGACAACAACGGAUUCAAGACAGCUUUAGUUGGUCAGAAACAUUAUCUGUUUCAUUUUUCGUCCUAAAUAGUUCUGCAUGUGCUUAACCAAGUCCAAGCCUGGUGACCACGUCGGUCGCACGCAGGGCUCGUAUCCCUCGAUGAAAAGCCGUUGUGAUUGCGAACGACAUUUUUGUCUCUUCACUAUUGACAGGAGUUCAUUUGCCCACGUUCACCUCACACGUGCACCGCCCCUCCAUUAACCUAGACAACAGACUGGACAAUUUGGUUGAGGACUUAUUGUCAAUUGUUCACCAAACUGGAAUUCGCUCGUCACGAUAUCUCAAAACAAACCGCAACUGGUCGAUCUAAACCAGCUGACUGCUGGGUGCCUUUCUGCGGACAAAAUACGACUAAGGUGUACGCCCUGGGAAUCUGCUUCUGAAUCUGGAGCAUUCAUUCGCCGACCAAGUGUGCGCAACUGUAUGUUGGGUGUGUUGCCCCGUGGGCCCAAACCACCCAUGCGGUCUGCAUGCUAAUGAGUCAUUUCCGGUAUGAAGUUGAGUCAGUCCUGGUUGCCGCUGCCCUAAAACAAAAGAAUACGAUGACUGCGGCGCAGAGGCCUAAAGUGUGCGAAAAUGUGGACGGAGUUAAAUCAACCAGAUUUUUUGGGGAGAGGUCAUCUUAGCGGUAUGUGUACUCGCACUUGUGUCUCUCCCUUCCCCCUCCCCCCUCAAAUAACCGCGUCGGCCUGCUUUUUGUGUUUAAAUCGAUCAACUGACCGUCAGUGCUUCUAAACUGACUCCUAUUCGAGAUAGGCUCGGAGACAAAAGAACUUAAGUGACCCAGAGAGGAGACACAAAUUUUGUUGUGUUGAGAGGUUAAGCUCGCACGUCCUUCCGCUGUUCAACAUAGACAGACAUAUCGACGAUGACCGAGUGAUCUAUCCACGUGAACUAUUCAGUCCGCAGGGGAAGGGUAGCCCUAUCAACAGAAAUCGAACCCGCUUUCGGGACUUCUGGGCAGCAGGGAGCCAACCCAUUAUCGAUCCACCCGCAACCACCUACGAUGAAGGCGGAAGUCGUCGAUUUUUAUAGGUAUGCGGUAGCAUAGCAACCACAUCUUAUAAAUACUGCAACACUACUGAAAGACAUUACCCGUUAUAUGAUUUUUCUUCGAAUUAUGGGUUUAAUUGUGGAUCCGAAAAGUCAGGCGGAUAGAGUUCUUGCUUCAAGCAUCGACCUCCCCUCUCCAUUUUCACGGCUGCUUUCCGGAACUCGCCUCUUCAGUUCUAUCGGCAGUUCAAAUGACGUGCGUGCGAGCGCGACAGCAUCAGGGGACAGGCCGUGGGCGCACACAUAUGCCUUCCCAUGCUGUCUGCAAUUUGAGUCCUGGCCCAUGCACAGCACUAAAAUUAGGCGUCAGCAUAGGCAGUGCAGUAAACAGAGGCCUUCCAACUGACGAACCUUUUUUCCUGCCCAUAAAAGAGCUUCAAAAUAAGGGGCGGGGACAACGCUGAGAGCAUUCCUUUGAUGUUUCCUGAAGAGCCGCGCAGUAUUUGUUUUUGUAAAAAUUCCCAUGGGCACACUGAGAGAAGUUGCCCACGUUUUUUUUCAGGCAAAUAUGCAAAUGCUGAAUGGGGCGGGGAAAUAAAUGGGGGCAUUUUAAAUCUCCGUGAAAAAUCUCUGAGUUUGUUAAGCCAAAGGGGACAAAACGGUCCCUGUUGGAUUCGUCGGCAGCAGCAAAACUCGCGGACAGUGAUACUCCGUCUUUUAUUGCUGCAUUCCUAGCUGAAGACUCUGUUUUGCAUCGACCAUACUGCCGUUCCUUUGAUUGGAGACCAGAGGACUACGUGUCUGCGUAAGCCGCCCGCUGCCUUGGCCAACGUCCUGCCGCUCCCUGCGAGCACCCUCAAAUGCGCUGAAAUUACUGUCCGAUCGACUGGCACAUGCAAACACGCGCGCGUCUAGACAGUCACCGCCAACGGAGCCCCGUAUAGAGUAACAGAUCGCUUGGAGAUACGAACCCUGAGUCUGCCUACAAAAAAAGCAAUAAAGAAGACGGAUGGUACAGCCUCAAUAUCUCGCUGGCAUGACUUCGACUGUUCGAACAUAUCAGGCGACGAUGUUCGCCGUGUGUCCCACAACAUGGCAGACGCGGGACGGCGAAUUGCGCGUGAACCAGACAGAAACUAGGGGGCCCUUCGGACCCCAUGUGAAUAGGAACGGCAAUAUAUGCCACGUUAGGAAGCAGCCAUUACGGCCUGACUCUCUGUGCUGAAAGGACCGAGUUAUCCCAGUCAGUUGGCAGCAUUCCAAACCACGAUUUUUGUGCGUGACUUUCGGUACUGUGGUUAACCUUAUGCUGAGGAAGAGCCCCUCACUGAAAAUAGUAUAACGAAAUAAACACGAGGAACCACAAAUAUUAGCCUCCAUAAACGGGAAUAUAUUCUGACGGCAAAGUCAUCAUCUUCCCGUUAACACAUAAGUCCCCUUCAAUAAGAUUCUUAAUCAACGUAAAAAUCCCUAUUUGUGACAGCAAAUUUCAUGCAAUUGAUAGAACGUAAGUAGAACGGAGAAGUAAAUUGUAAGAGUUUUUACCUUUAUAAUUCGCAAGGGCCAUUACCAAGUGAAAUUUCGUAAUGAGGGCUGGCUGUAGCAUUGAAGGCGAUGGCUGGGGUCCCACGAAUGCAUGGGGUAUCAGAAAUAAAAGCCGUCAAGGGCAGGGGUGGGUCUUGAUCACACGAUCUGGCGUCUGACAUCCUUCAGGUCGUUGAGUUAUUCAAUUCACAUAUGCGUCUUUUUAUAGACUUGGCCUGCCCAGUUGACAAACCACACUCUUCAAGGCCCAAACAUCUUAGGUCGCAGACGGUCUGCAGCCGUCUCUGAUGAUGUGUUCGAGUGAGAAUCCGAAAAGUCGGGCCAACAAGUUUCUUGUUCCAGUGAUCGCAUCUUCUUCUGUGCCCUCUGAAUUGCUUCCCAGGACUGGCCUGUUCGCUUCUAUCGGCUUUCCCUUUGUUGGAGCAAGAAUGAGGCGUGCGAGGAUCAACGCAUUUAACAUUUUCGCAAAUAGGCAGAAUGGUUUUAUUCUUGUCUUUGUCGAUAAUACUAUUCUGCCUAUAUCGUGCGCCGCUGUGCGGCUGCUGGUUGGGGUCGAGAGAGAGCCCGCGUGGAGACGAGUGAGUUCCGUAGAAACGAUCGGCGAGCGCCCCCUACCAUUUUCGCAAAUCCUUAUCAUAGUAAAGAAGGAUGAAGCCACACGAAUUCCAUUCCUAGAUAUCACAUUUAAGUAUGGAGAGUGAACAUUUUACGCUGACGCGAUCCUGAAAACAAUAAACACUCAAGAACCCCACCUCUAUGACAGUAACAAUCUUCUGGCAUUCGAUCGCAGUUGUCUCCGAACACUGUUCACUCGAACCAACAAACUUGGCUAUGAUAACGAAGGCAUCUGUGCCUCUUGUACUUCAGCAAAAUGUGGCCCAGCAAUCAAAUAAGCUAGAUAUUGUACCGGAGAAGUUUAUGUAGAGGUAAAAAGGUAGAACCAAGCCUCAGGCCAUCCCCUAUAUCCAACAUAUCUCAGAAGCCAGCGCCGCCCAUUAAUACGUCCUGCCGCGCUAAUUGCCUUGGUGAUUAUUGUACUGUGACUGACAAAGAACACGCAACAUGACUGCACCAGCGUUUGAUCAGGGCCGAAGACGAACGCUCACCCCCCUGCCAGGCGCAUCUACGAAUCGGUCCACUAAUUUGCUCUUGGAAGUGCCUAAGUGUGCGAGAUGAAAUUAAGACUAUCAGGACGAUAGUUGAGAAUUUACAAGCUGACGCCAGAUCAAGAAAAGGACAAAUCCGCCCACCUUCACGCCUGCAGAGCCGUCUGGCAUCCUCUCAGUAAAGCGGGGAGAACAGGGACCCUGUGAGGACGCGUCCAUCGCAUUACUCCCGUCCAGAGAAGCCAUCCAGCAGACGAAGGCUUUCGCGAACUACCAGUACUAA